AUGCACCUCCUCGAUCUUCCCGUCGAGAUCCGUCUCGAGAUCUACUCAUACCUCCUCGUCACUCAAGACUACGACAAACUGCGACCCGUACCCGGCGGCCCACGCCUGUCCCUGGGCACGCCGCUGCUCAGAACCUGCAAGCAGAUCAACGCCGAGGCGACGCCCGUGCUCUACGGGUCCAACCUGCUCCUCGCCGACAUGCGCCGCCUCACCAAGCAGGCGCGCCUGCGGCUCCGCAGCCGGCCCUUCUCAGAUCCAAAGAUGCUGGCGAUGGUCCGUCGGUGGUGGCUCACGGUGCCCCUUGAUGUCGAGGAGCCGUUUUAUGAGCCGGAGGAUGCGGGCGCGGCCUUUGCGAAUGUGGACGAGCUGGUCCUCGAGUUCAUGUCUUCGUUCGCGGGCAACGGCGCUGCAUGGCGCCGAGCCGCCUUGCGGCCGUUUGAAGCCGUCCGCGGGGUAAAGACCGUGCGCAUCGUCGGAUGUCCUGCCGAGCUUGAGGUGUAUGCAGAUUGGCUGAAGCGAUCGAUGAUGAGUCGACAGGGGAGCGAGAUGCAACCGUAUGUUGGAAGUCCAUGA